AUGAUAGCUAAGCUUGGAUGGAGACUCUUAACUGAACCUAGUGCACUUUGGGUAUCACAAUUAAAACCUAGAUAUUUUAGAAAUUCCUCUGUCUUUAAAGCUAAAAUACCAACCACUAGCUUCUGGAUUUGGAAAUGUAUAAGUAAAGGCAUUCUCUUGGUUGAACAAAAUAGAAUUUGGGAAAUAUGGGAUGGUAAUAACACAAAUAUUUGGGAUGAUAACUGGACCCCAAACUUAGAAAACAAUCUUAGCAGCUUUAAAACAACUACUAACUCUCACUUAACACUUGUGAAGGAUCUGUUAGAUCCUGUCACUAAGAAGUGGAAUUUUUCUUUGCUGAUUGAAAUGUUUCCUAUGUCCAUUGCCAACAAAAUUAACAAUGUCAGAAUAGCUAAAGGUAAAUCAGAUACACUUAGAUGGCUGCUCACAAAAUCAGGGGUUUUUACUGUUAAGUCAAUGUAUAAUGAGCUCACCGAAAAAACUAGAAGUCAUUACAAUCUAGGUCAGCCAGAUUCUUUUUGGAACUCUUUAUGGAACUUAAAUUUUUCUCAAAGAAUUAAAAUCUUUGCUUGGAAAUGCUUACAGAAUGCUCUAUCAACAAAUCUUAAGCUAGAAAAAUUCAUAGAAGAUAUUCAUCCCGAUUGUCCUCUAAACUGUAAAAAGAAUACUAUUAUACCUGUAGAAAUUGCUUUGACAAAAGCAUGGUUCAUAUGGAAGGAGAGAUGCAAUCUUGUUUUUGAAAACAAACAGUAUACAAGUGCUCAAUUAGGUUCUGAAAUUCAAAGAUACUUAGAAUUAUGGUACAAGGAUCAUCCCUUACUAAAUCAAGUUAAAAUAAGAGGAGAUAAGACUCGUAACUGGAAUCCACCGAAGAGAUCUCAGCUGAAACUAAAUAUUGAUGCAGCUUCGACCUCUGCUAUUGUGCCAGCAGGUUUCUCUUUAAUUCUUAGAAAUGAUGCAGGGAUUCUUGAACAAGGAAGAGCAGGAGCAUUCAUAGCCUCUACCUCUGAAGAAGCGGAAGCCCUAGGACUGUUGCAAGGAGCGAAAAGGGCGACAAAAAUUGGUUUGUCAAACUUUUCAAUAGAAGGAGAUUGCAAGAACCUUUUUGAUCACCUUAAUGGAAAUGAAUCUUCCAUAGAAUGGAAGAACAUCACCAUAUUAGAUGAUGCUAUCAAUGAACUCAAGUCUUGUAAUAAUUUUCUAGGUUUUUAUUUUGUAUCAAGAACAACUAACAAUGUAGCUGACUUAAUGGCCAAAAAAGCCAAAAACUUCAGUUCAUAUCUUAAUUGGAUGAAGGAACCUCCAGAAUGUAUUAGAGUAGAUUUAGAAGUAGAUAAAUCAAAUGUUAGAGCCGAUUCCUCUGGUUCAACAUUACCAAUUUGUAAGGAUUACUAA